CUAUUACUUAACACUUACUGUUCCCUCUUUCGCUGUCUUAUAAACUCUCUCUCUCUCCUCUGUCUCCUCUCUUUGUCUAAGCAAGCAAAGAACCAAUCUUUAGAUGAUUUUGGUAACUCUUCUUUAGCUCCACCGCAAGCUCCAACGAUCUCUUAUGUUCCUGUGAAAGCUUUGCUUCAUUAGUUAAAUGGAUCCUGUACCUGUUCGAUGUCUACUUAACUCCAUAUCUCGUUAUCUUCAUCUGGUUGCAUGCCAGACCAUAAGAUACAGUCCCAUCCAAACAUGUAUUGGAAACGUGGUUCACUUGUUGAAGCUCUUGAAACCGUUUCUAGAUGAAGUUGUUGAUUGCAAAACAACUCUAGAUGAUGACUGCUUAAACAGUGCGUGUGAGGACUUAGACUCUGUUGUUAACCAGGCUCGUGAGUUCUUAGAAGACUGGUCCCCAAAGUUGAGCAAGCUCUUUGGUGUGUUUCACUGUGAGCUUUUGUUGGAAAGGGUACAGACUUAUUCACUGGAGAUUAGUCGUAUACUUGUUCAGUUAUCUCAGUCAAGUCCCGUUACUACAAGCGUACAAGGUCUUGAGCGGUGUAUGCAGGAGAUUGAGUGUUUCAAGCAAGAGAGGACAUUAACAGAACACAUGAAGAAUGCUUUACAGAAUCAGACAGAUAAUAAUGAUGAUCUUGACUGCAUUAUUGAAAUGAUGGGAUUGGUAUCAAACAAGGAUCUCUUAAAGGAAAGCAUUGCUGUGGAGAAGGAGAGGAUAAGAUCACAGACCAGCAAAUCAUCAGAAAAAAUGGAACGGAUGGAUCAACUGAUAGAUCUUGUCUCUUGCAUCCGUGAACACAUGCUUAAGACAGAGUUUCUUGAAGUGGCCAAAGGUGUCUCAGUCCCUCCUUAUUUCCGGUGUCCUUUGUCUACAGAACUCAUGGUUGAUCCGGUGAUAGUAGCUUCAGGACAGACAUUUGACAAAACAUCUAUCAAGAAGUGGCUUGAUAACGGGUUAGCUGUUUGUCCCAGGACGAGGCAGGUCCUGUCUCAUCAAGAACUCAUUCCCAACCACACCGUUAAGGCUAUGAUUGCAAGUUGGUUGGAGGCAAACAGUAUCAGCCUGGCUGCUAACUCUGGUCAUCAUGGUGGUGAUGAUUCAUCCAUGGCUAAUAACAUGGGUUCUAAUGACUUUAACCGCACAGAGAGUUUUCGUUUCUCUUUAAGGAGCAGUAGUUUUACCUCAAGAUCAUCUCGCGAAACUGGAAAUGGGUUUGAGAAACUGAAGAUCAAUGUUCCUGCUAGUUUAUGCGGUGGUGAUUCACAUAGCAAGGACCGUGAGAUCUUUGAAGUGUCUUCUCAAGGACAGUCUUAUACUCAUAGCAGGAGUGAAUCAGUUUGUAGUGUUGUCUCUUCUGUUGAUUAUGUUCCUUCUCUGACAAGUGAGACACAGAGUUUACCAGUGAACCACCAAAGCUACAGUGAGAUGUCAAGCAACGUUAACAAUGAGUAUAGUGCAGCGAAUACUCAUGAGUGUUCACAUACCUUAAAACUGGUAGAAGAUCUUAAAAACGGAUCUAACCAAGAGAAGACUGCUGCUGCAGCUGAGAUACGUCAGCUCACCAUUAACAGCGAUGAGAAUCGUGUGCACAUUGGGCGUUGUGGUGCUAUCACUCCACUGCUUUCACUUCUAUACUCAGAAGAAAAGUUAACACAAGAACAUGCAGUCACAGCUCUCUUGAAUCUUUCUAUUAGUGAAGUAAACAAAGCCAUGAUUGGAGAAGCUGGAGCUAUAGAACCUCUUGUUCACGUUUUGAACACAGGAAACGACAAAGCUAAAGAGAACUCAGCAGCAACAUUGUUCAGUUUGUCUGCUCUGCAAGUCAACAGGGAGAGAAUAGGGCAGUGUAACGCAGCGAUACAUGCUCUGGUGAGUCUUCUUGGAAAGGGAACAUUGAGAGGAAAGAAAGAUGCUGCUUCUGCUCUGUUCAAUCUCUCUAUAACUCAUGAGAACAAGGCUCGUAUUGUGCAAGCUAAGGCGGUUAAGUAUCUUGUGGAGAUGUUAGAUCCAGGUUUGGAGAUGGUUGAUAAAGCAGUUGCGCUUCUUGCAAAUCUUUCUGGAGUUGGAGAAGGGCGUCAAGGGAUUGUGAGGGAAGGUGGGAUUCCGUUGCUUGUUGAGAUUGUUGAUUCAGGGUCUGGGAGAGGGAAAGAGAAUGCAGCUUCUGUGCUGCUUCAGUUGUGUCUGAAUAGUCCUGAGUUUUGCACUUUGGUUUUGCAAGAAGGGGCUAUACCUCCACUUGUUGCCUUGUCUCAGUCUGGUACACAGAGAGCAAAAGAGAAGGCACUGCAGCUUCUCAGCCACUUCCGGAACCAGCGAGAUGCAAGGAUGAAGAAAAGUAGAUCAUGAUCAUGAAGAAACGGAGCUGCAUUGUUCCAUUUUGAACAUUCACCUUUGGGAGAUUUAUUUUGUUUAAGCUAGUAGAAACUUUUUCUAUCUUUUUGCCAAGAAGAUAGCUGGAGAAUAGUGUCUUCUCUUAUCUCUCCUUGUAUUGAGUUUAUGUGUAUGUUGAUGCUGGUGUGUAGUAGUGACAUGUGUGUGCAACUUGUGAGAUUCGUGUAUAUAGCGAAUGAAGUAUUUACUACGGCUCCGAUUAGUGAUUGGG